UCUACAGUGGAAUUUCGAGAACCGCCCAACUCCUUAAGUUUUGCGCGUGCUCGCACGGUGAUGUCACGGAUUUUAAAAUGGCGGUUCCAACGUCUGCUUUGAAAUUACAUUCAUAAUCUACCGCUCACAGUUCAAAAAUAAUAAAACGGGUAUCAUGUUUUGAGAGAAAUAGUGUUCACAGGUAAAACAAAACACUCUUAUUUCGAUCCAGAAUGGAUUCUGUGGUCGGAGAGGAUCAAACGCUGCCGUUUGACAUCAAUCUGAGUAUUUCCAGGCUGCCAGAGUCUCUGAACAGCGGCAACUUCAGCAUGGACAGCAUGACAGCGCCUCUGUUUCCAGGGCAGAGGAUGUCUCCAGCCAAAGCUCUGACCAUGAAAGAUUAUGAGAACCAAAUCACAGCUCUGAAGAAGGAAAACUUCAACCUGAAGCUCAGGAUCUAUUUUCUGGAAGAACGUGUGCAGCAGAAAUGUGACGACUCCACUGAGGACAUUUACAAAACGAACAUUGAGCUGAAGGUGGAGGUGGAGUCAAUGAAACGAGACCUGGCUGAGAAACAAGAACUGCUUGUGUCCGCAUCGAAAGCUUUAGAGAGUUUAGCGAGUCGAGGUGUUGAUGAUGGCAGAGAGAAAAUGCAGAGAGAAAUGGACUCACUCAGAGAAGCUUUCAGCAUUCGGAUUCAAGAACUCGAGGAGUCUCUGCAAGCUGCCCAAGAGGAGCUGGAAAGCAUGGCCUCCAUUGCUGAACAGGAGAAGCUGAAGAAUCUUGGAUUGGAGAAAGAGCUGCAAGCUGCCAAACAAUCAGGACCCUCAGCUGAUUCAGGCUCCACCCCCGAACGGGUCAGAGAGCUCCAGCAGACCCUUCAGGAAAAGGAGAGUGCUAUUGAGCAGCUGCAGGUGUCACUCAAGAAUCAAGAUGCCAUGAUUGGAGAGCUUCGGAGCAAUGACCCAAAACAGCCAAUGGCAGAGCAGAUGGCACAGCUGAAAUCCCUUAUUGGCCAAAAAGACAGUCAGCUACAGGCUCUUAGGGAAGAGCUAGACCGUGGGAAAGAAAAUGCAGAAAGAGACAAAGAGGUGUUUGUUGAAAGGCAGAAUGAAUUGAGAAGAUUGGAGCAGAAAACCAGACAGCUGACUGAAGAACUGAGCACGGCCAAGAGCAGCAACCAGACCCUCAAACACACACUAGAAGAAACAGAGAGAGAAAAGAAGACUCUUUCUGAUGAGCUGCAGGAGAGAGAAAUUGACCUGGCUGCAGAGAAGAAGAACUCUCUGAAACGAGACAAAACCAUCCAGGGCCUCAGUCUGGUUCUCAAAGAGAAAGAGAAAGAGAUAGAGGAUCUAGCUGGUGAUCUUGAGGAGAAAGAUCAGGCUUUGGCUAAGGCUCGAGAGGCCCUUCAUAAAGCCAAACUACAGAAAUAUCAGGGGGCUGAAGACCAGCAGUCUUUACUCCUGGAGCAGCAGGCUGAAUUGUCGCGGCUCCAGGCGGAGGCUCACUCCUCACUGCUAGAAGCCAAGAGGCUGCAGCGUGUGCUCGGCAGCAGAGAUUCAGAACUGUCCCUUCUUCAGCAGGCCAAACUAGAACUGGAACAAGAGCUGGAGCAACUACAGCAACAGAAGAAGAAGGGAGACAAGACCAUUAACGAUCUUCAGAACCAUUUAAAGAAGGUAAAUGGCGCUCUUGCUGACAGAGAGAACGCUCUAGAACAGCAGCGUCUAGAACAGCAAGAACAAAACCGUGCUGCUGAACAAAAACUACAGAACACCAUAGAACGACUCACAGCUAGCCUGAAUCAUAAGGACCAGCAGCUGCAGGACUAUAUGAACAUGGUUAAAGAUCUGGAGAAGAACAGAACUCAAGAGGAAGGUGAUCCCAUGGUGGGUAAACUGAGAGCACGACUGAAGGAGAAAGAGAAAGCACUUGAGAAAGCUUUGGAUGAGAAGUUUGCAGCCGUGGAGGAGAAAGAAAAUGAGAUUCAUUUGCUGCAACUGAGCUUGAGAGAGAAAGAAAGAGACGUGGAACGUCUUAACAACCUGCUCUCACACAACGAGGAGACUAUCAAUAGUUUUGAUGCUCUCAUAAAGGAAAGGGAUCUUGAGCUGCAGCAGCUGUUGAACUCGCUGAAGAAUCUUCAGAGGUGUAAAGACGAGACUGAGCAGAACCUUCAGAGGGCUCUGAGAGAGAAGGACGCAAUUAUACAGCACUUACAGCAAGCACUGGACAACAAGACGAGAGACCUGGAGGAGAUGGCCAAUGGGGUUCUGAACCAAUCAGAGUCUCAGGGUCGUGACCUCGCAGAGCAGAUGAGUCAGAGGUUAAAGGUCACAGAGGUGAUGCUGUCAGAAGCAGUGAAGCACAGAGAGAGGCUAGUGACCGAGAACCAAACUGCUGUAGAAAAUCUGCUGGCCACAAUCAGCAGCAAAGACCAGCUUCUGAAGGAGAGUGCGGAGCGUCACGUACAGGCUCUGAAUGAUCGUGCAGGAGAAUUGCAGGAUCUUCGUAAGGAGCUGGCAGACACACAGCAGCAGCUCAGAAACGCACAGAGACUGAAUGCUACAGCAACACAGGAGACCGCUGAACUCCGUGCAAUGUUGGCGGAAAAGGAUGCCCUCAUCAAUAAGCUGCUAGACCGUGGACAGGAGAAAGAUCGCAUCCUGUUGGAAAUGAAGACAAGUGAAGUUCUUCCUCCUCAGGUGCUGGAGCUCAGACAGACCAUUGAGGUGCUGCAGGAGAAACUUGAGGAGAGAGAAGCUGAACUAAGCAGGCAAAACAGUGAGGAAACUCUGGAUAUAACAACAGUCAGUAAGAAAUCAGCGGUGGUUUUGAAGAAAGAGCUCACACAGAAAACAGAAGCUCUGAACGCUGCUCUGAAGAGAGAGAACCAGCUCAAGAUUUCUCUGGCAGAGCUUCAGUCAGCAGUUUCAGAACUAGAGACACGAUUAGAGGGACAGACAGCCAGUAUCGAGUCCCUUACAUCAACACUCAACACUAAAGAAGAAAUCAUUACUGAGCUGCACCAGCAUUUGUCUCAAAGAGGGGAAAGUCGACUUCCUCUGACCUGGGAUCAAGCGUCUCAGCCGGGUGAAAGUGAAUGCAGCAUUUCCUCCCUCCCUCAGAGAGAAAGAACCAUUAUUGGAGGAGAUCGCCAACAACAGGAUGUUGCAUCUCUGUCUGAUCUGCUGACUGAGCAGACAGAGUUAAACUGCGCUCUGAGAGCUGAGCAGCAUCUCUACUCUGACCUCAUCAGAGCCGUCAAAGAGCGUGACAGUGUUGAGAGGCUGCAGGCACUGCAGCUGGAGCUCACAGCUGUAUCACUCCUCAGACAGCAGCUUGAAAGUGGAGUCCAGAUGAACACAGAGCUGAGAGAUCAGCUACAGAAAGAGAUCCAGAGAACCAAACAGAGAGAAGGUUCAAACCCUUCAGAGUUAGAGAGCAUGCGUGAUGCACUAGAGGAAGCCCAACGCUGGAACGCCUCUCUGCAAGCCAGACUGGGACAGAUCCAGAACCGGGGAGGAGGGGUUGGACAAGCGAACGAUUCUAUGGACACACUGAGUUUGAUUGGUGAUCAGACGUCCUAUAUGAGUAUAUGUGUUGGCGAAGGGCCAGAGGAGGAGCUCCAGCACCUGACCAUUGAACAGCUCAGAAUGAAGGUUUUAGAGCUUCAGGCAGUCAAUGCCGAACUGCAGAAGAAGCUGCUUCUGAUGGAGAAAGACAUUGUGGGUAAAGAUCCAGUAGACUCUCAGAAAGAACCAGACCUAAUCAACCUCUCAACUCCAAUCAAGCAAACACCGAUACAGCAGAAACCAACUUCUGAAGAUGAUGUGACACUAAUGCCUCCAAACAUGAAGGAGAGAUGUGAUGAGGGAGAUCGCUCUCCAGAGGAUGUCGGUGAGAGUAAUCAACCAUCACAGACUCAAAGACAGCAAAAUGGCGUACAGCUCACAUCCAGAUUCCUUAGGGAUGAAUCAGAAAAAGCAGAACUCCGAUCACUUCUCUCAGAUUGUGGAGCGGAGUCAGUCUCUCAACUCCGGGAGCAAGUGGCCAAACUCCGCUUGGAAGCAUCUGAACUCCGUGGAUUUUUGAAGGAGGAAAAUGCCACUGAGUCCAAAGAAAGCGCAGAGAGUUCUGGAGAAAGCGACAGCCAUGGAGACUUGCACCAAACCGUGAAGGUGCUCCGCUCAGAAGCCAGAAGUCACCGAAAGAUAAUUCGACUGCUAAAAGAGCAGCUGCAGCGGAACUCUGUCUCAGAUGCUAGAAGUCAGCUUGACCUUAAGAUGAUGGCCAGCAAUAUGGAACAACUGCAGACAAACCAUGACGAUCUGCAGAGACACACCAGCACACUGGAGAAAGAGAACAAACCAAGAGAAAGGAAAGAAAUGGAGGAGAGAUAUGAGAGAAGGCGGCAGGGUCAAAGCACCAAAUCCACCAAGAAUCAGAAGCAGCACAUGGCCAGACAUGCAGCAUAUGUAAAGUCUCGGCUACCAGUACCUGUGAGGCCCAGUAAGAGUUCUGGGCAGAGUUCAGAAGAUCUGAGUGAUCUGAAUUCAGGCCACGUUCACCCCAGAAACAAAGACUACCUGACUGGGGCAGAAGAGUCUGAUUACAGCACGGACAGCAAGAUGUCUUCGAGAUCAGCUCAGCACGGACACCUCGAAUUAGACCAUGUUAAAGAUGCUAGGCUGAGUCCAACUGCUGGAACAAAACCAGACACUAACAUCAAUCAGAAUCUGGAAUCCGAGCUAAUGGCGCAAUUAGAGUUGCUGAAUCAAGAAUGCCAAGAGAAGGAGGAGCUAAUCUCCCGCCUGAGGGAACAGGUUCAGGAAUGGGACGAGCUACAGGCAGAGCUACAGGAGAAGGACAAGCUUAACCGAGAGUACCUGGAAGCCCUACAAGCGGCAGAGUCUACUAUUGCGUACCUCACCGCAUGCAGCUUGGACUCGGAGUGUGGAAUCGGUCAAACAGGAGAUGUAACAUUGCAGCAACGUUGUGCAGAUCUUCAGAAGGCUGUUGAGGAGAAAGACCGACUCAACGCUCAGCUCUUGGACUGCUUGAACUCUGCGGAAUCCGCCAUUGCAUUGCUCAGAAAUGUAGACACUGCAAGCAGCCAAAUGAAUCUUGGACAAGAAGACCCAAAAGCACUUUGUGAGAGGCUCGAGGACUUGAUUGGACAAAUCAGAAUUUCUCAGCAAAGUGAUGGCAGGUCAAAAGACUGUCACAGCCCAGAGAUUGGUCCAACACUAGGACCUGAUUCUGAGUUACAGCGGCAGGUGGACUCACUGCAGGAGUCAAUGUUGCAGCAGUGCAAGAUGAAUGCAGAGCUGCAGGAGAAGCUCUGGACUUCAGAAGCAGCUGUUAAAAAGUUAAGUGCAGCUGUCAGUGCCAAGUGCAAUGACACACCCAGAGGUCUGGAGGGGAAUUACACUCCCAGACCAGAAGGAACAGUCCUCUCAUUGCAACAGCAACAGUUGACGGACUGUCUAUCUGAGUGCAUAAGAGCUGCUGAAGGCACGGUCAAGUCUCUAGCAGACGCUUUCAAACCAAACAAGUCUCAUGAGGAGAUCUUGUCCAGUCCAGAGUUAAAGAAAUGGCUGGAAAGGCUGCAGCGUGCUCUGCUGGAGAGAGAGUCUCUGGAGGACCCAGUCUGCACUGAGAAGCACCAACAAAAGACAAGCACGCCCAUUCAGAACCCCGAGAGUUCUAAACCAGAACGGCAACAGAACGUUCGGGAGCCUGUGACCUCACGCCAGAAUCUUCAUAAGAACCUCUUGAUGCUUCUUCAGAUUUAUACUGAGCGUGCUCAGAAAAUGAGAAAACUUGAGGAAGCUGUUAGUGGGCAUGGCCAAAGUGGAGGAGGUGGAGAUGCACCUGGAAAUGAAACUCUGGAGAGGAACACCCAAAUCGAAAGUUUGCAGAAGGCCCUGAAGGAGAAGCAGAGGUCAUGUCGGAAAUUAGAGGAGAAACUGGCGAUCGCUCAGUCUGUCAUCGCUGUGCAUGGCUCAAACAAGGAGAAACAGUCUGAUCAGAGCAAAGCACCCCCUAGUGAACGGGAUGAUAAAGGGGUGCAAGUGGAGGCGCAGGACCUCGGGUAUGAAACGAGUGGAAGGAGUGAGACGGAGGUGGAGGGCAGUAGCACAGAUGUGGACGGUGUUUUGCGGUUGGUUCCCACUCUGUCUCCUGUCCUCACGGGUAAUCAGGACCGAUUUUCACCUGACACUACCGCAUCCAGCCCCUCGUACCCCAGCUCUCCUGGCCUGAGCUCCCCUCGACCCUCCGACCCUCACGCCGACCCCACCCUGCACAUCCAGCAGCUCAGGUCACAGAUCGAAGGACAGCACAAAGUCAUCCAGAACCUCCAGAAGCAGCUGCGUAAGAAGUCUUUAUCGUCUGAGCUCCUGAGUGUGACCUCUGACCCCACAGCAGGUGAAGAAGAGGAGGAAACGAAGAUGAUGAAGGCUCAAAUCGCCCAGCUUAGCACUGAGCUAGAAAGAGAGAGAACCUUGAACAGAAGCAGCCAAGCAGGCUCUCCCUCCAGGAUUGAGUCUCUGGUCCAGUCUCAGGCCCGGGAGUUGUGUGAGCUGCGGGAACAGAUCCGUGUGUCUCGUGGUUUGGGUGUGGAACAGCGUAAACAGCUGCUGGAGCUCAGAAGAGCCCUAGAGGAGUUACUUCAGCCUGAUAGCAUGCACUCUGCUCAGGGAACCCAGCUCAGAGAGCAGCUGGAUCACAGUCUGAGCAUGCUGGAGAAACUGGAGCAGGUUUCUACAAGAGGGUCUGGUAUGGAUAAUGAAGAAGAAGCGGAGUCAGAGAUGAAGCUCAGACUCUCUGCAGAGCUACAGGAGAAAGACCGGCUCAUUCAUUCUCUGCAACAUCAACUGCGAAUGCAAGUUCCCAGAAUGCACCAGUAUUCAGACUCCGAGAUGAGUUAUAGGCUGUCCAACGAUGGCACCACCUCCUUCCACGACAGCCCUCCUGCUGUCCGCAAACAGACCCCCAACAGACUUCACACAGGGCUGAAGGCAACCAAUGGCGAUGCAUUUUCAAAUACUGUGCUGGUUUCUGAGGGUGUGGCUGUUGAAGGGGGCGUGGACGAUGAUGGAGAGGGGAGUGUCCAAAUGCUACAGCAGGAGAAUGGCCAUCUGCAGGAGCAGCUGAGAAGCAGCGAGGAACUGAACGCUACACUUCGCAGUGAACUGGACCUCACUCGAUCUAUCCUGAAGCACAACCCACAGACCGAAGACAAGCAGCCAGAGCAGCAGAACACGUCAGCGAGCAAGACCAUCAACUCAGAUCUGUUAGCAGAACACCUGCAGGAGAUCCGUGCGUUGCGUCUGCGUCUUGAAGAGACGAUUAGAACCAACGAGAGACUCCGAGAACAGUUAGAAAGAAAGUUACAGGAAGCUGAAAAAGACUCAGCCACUAACAUCUUCAUCGCUGGUUCUGAGGACCAGGCUCACAUCAACAGUGAACUUCACUUCCUCCUUGCCCAAAACCACACACUUAAAGAGCAGCUCAACCAAGGAGCACGAGAUAAACAGAAGGAGAACGACCACCUGAGGGAGACUUUGGCCCGACGAACCGCUAAACUAGAGCUGAGCAGAAAAGAGUGUGAAACACUGAAACAGGAGAAAAUGCAACUACAGGACAACCUGUACAGAUUGCAGUGUGAGAACAGUCAUCAGAGGCAGCAGUUGUGUGAUACCCAGCAGCUCUUGCAGUCUGUGCGUGUGGAGCUGCAGGUGAAUGAGCACAUGAAGAACUCCACACACACUCACACAGGUGAGGGCCGUGGCUCUGGAUCUGAGAGCGGUUCAGCAGCGGAUCUGAGCGAGCUGUUGGCUGAGAUCAGACAGCUGCGUGUUCAGCUGGAGAGAAGCAUCCAGAUCAACACCACACUGAGACAGAGACUGGAACAACAGCUGCUGACCCGAACCGACCCCAGAUCAACCAUCAACAUCAACUACCUGCUGACCAAAACAGAUGAAGCUGGUAAAUCAGAUGUUCUUCACUUGCAUACAGAUGUGUCCAAUGCUGCACAUGACAGCGGUAGCUCAGCGGACUCUGGUUCCCACGCUCCGUCCCGGCUGGUCCCGGGUCACCGGCUGUGGGCGGACAGACGCGGGCGUCACGUUCUGGGUCUGAUCGAGGACUAUAACGCCCUGCGCAAACAGAUCACUGAAGCCAAGAGACUCACUGCAGAUCUGGACACACAGAUCCACGACUGCGGCCGGGCUGUGGAUCAGCUGAAGAGCGUCUCUGGCAGUGUGAACACCAUGCAGCAGGUUCUGGAGGAGGCCGCUCGACUUCUCAAACUGCUCUGGAGAGUCUCACUACCCUCAGGAGACGCCACAUACACUCAACAGGAGGAGCUGCUGAAGAGUGAGAUCAGUCGUCUGAAGAUUCGUCUGUCUCAGCAGGAGCGGAUGCUGAGUGGAGCUGUCAAACGCCUCCGAUCCACCAACCAGCUGAAAGAGGGCAUGGAGCGCGUCAUCAUCGACCAGCUGUCUCUGACUCACGGCGUGCUGAAGAGAGCCAGAGGAAACCUGGAGUCUAACUAUCUGAAUGUUUUUGGGCUGAAGGGUCUGCAGGUGGAAGGACGUCCCACUGAAUGGCCAGUGACCAAUCAGCAGUUGGGGGGCGUGGCCUGUCCUCAGCAGCAUUCAGGCAGAGGCUCAGUCUGCAGUGAAAACUCCUCCCACUGCAGCUGUUAGAAACUUCUCACUGACUCCAGAUCAGGACUGUUGAAUCCUAACACCAUGGUUUUCUCACUCUUUUAUUUUGCAUUCUUAAUUUAUUACUCUCUUUUUGAGGUACGCUGAUGCCGUUCAGAAGUAUUUGCACAUAUACAGCGAGCAUUUAACCGUGUAAAAGGGAAUGUUUUUUAAUAGCGGAAGAGAUUUUCUCCUGUAAAUACUUUGAGCUUUAGUUUUAUACUGGUUUUAGACAGUCUUGUGUUCACUGCCGGUCUCCUGUGAUGCUGUAUUAUCCUGCUUAAGAUCUAAUAUUUUCAUGUAAAUGAGUGGUACAUGUACAUUAAAUGAGCUCAUGGUUUAAUGUAGCAGACUGUGUUUAAAAUAAAUGUAUAAA